GCUUUAAUGUUGUCAAGAUGGCGACGCGCAUAACAAGCAUGAGACGAUUGUCCCCGAUAUUGCAAUCAGCUUUAGCAUUGCGAUGUAAUGUAAUAACUAUACAAAGAUAUGUGCGUAGACGCAGGCAAGUGUCUGUUUUAACUUCAAGCAAUGAGUCUAUAGAAAACUCACAACAAGUCGCCACUCAAUCCAGUGAGCAUUUAUUAAAUGAGAACAUUCACAAUGAAACUGAAAAAGCGAGCGUUCAACGACAUGACAGCGCUACAAGUGUCACAUGGAGACAAGAUAUUUCAGAGUCACUACAGUUUUCAAGACCAACACGAGAAAAGGUGAUGAACACAAACCAUCAUGUCGCAACUCGUGCCACCACAUCGCCCCGACUUGGAGAAGUUGAUGGUUUACUGUAUGAAAAAUCACAACCUGGUGACAAGAGCGUGACGAGGCUGCUCCACAUAGCCCGAUCUAAGAAGCUUCGUGAACAGCAAGGAAAAGUCAUUCUGGAGGGAAGACAUCUCAUACACUGUGCGCUGGAUGCAGGGGCUGUGGUACAGACAGUUUUCUUCUGCUCUGUGAAGGCACUACAGGAGCUUCCCCUGGAUAAACUGAGACAAGCCAGUCUUGUGAAAGUUAAGAUGGAUGACUCGAAACUCUGGUCUGAUCUCGACACUUCACAAGAUGUAAUAGCCAUAUUCAAACGUCCUACGGCCUCCCUUUUAACCUAUCCAGAGGAAAAAUAUGGCAAGCCUUUGCCUCUCACACUGAUUUGUGACAACGUGAGGGAUCCGGGAAACCUGGGAGCAGUGUUACGAUCCGCUGCGGCAGCUGGAUGCCAUAGUGUGCUGCUAACUAAAGGAUGUGUGGAUGCUUGGGAACCUAAGGUCCUCAGAGCAGCCAUGGGGGCUCACUUCCGUCUUCCAAUUAUCCCAAGCCUAACUUGGAAGGACAUCCCAAAUCAUCUUCCCAAUACCGCGACCAUUCAUGUUGGAGACAACAGCAGAACCAUCAUGAAUAAAGAUGACCACGCCACGACCUCUAAAAACCAAAAAAAGGCUUCAGAUUAUGGUUGGGUCAGAGGUCAUCACUACCCAACGAAAGUACAGUGUGACGCCGAUGAUGAAUUUGAGGAUUAUGAAGGUAGCAGAUGUGUGCGCACAAGCAAAUCCCCUGAGACCCAAAAUUACCACACCGACUGGGUUGCCAGGCACACAGGCAUCGUGAUUGGAGGAGAAACGCACGGCCUGAGCCAGGAAGCAUUGCGAUUGGCUGAGAGGACCGGGGGCCGGAGGUUAUUAAUCCCCAUGGUAUACGGUGUGGACAGCUUGAACUCUGCCAUGGCUGCGAGUAUUUUGCUCUUUGAAGGAAGGAGGCAGCUGCAGUUACAGAUAAGAGGAAAGUUGACCGCAGCUUCAUGAAAACAGGAUGUCACGUAUUAAAUUUGACAUAAUCCUUAUAAUCUUUAUAUACCGUAUGCGCUAUAAAUAGAUCCAGAAUGUUUUUUUGUAAUAUGUAAAUGUCAAUGUAUGUAAAUAAACAUUAAAAGACAAAAACACCA